AUGGAUCAACGACAGGCCGAAAAAACACCCUCUUUAACGACUGUUGUGAACUUCCGUGAUGUAUCGAGAUAUGUCAAGAACAUCAAACCAGGCCUUUUGUUUCGGAGCGCGCACAUUGACGAUGCGAGUCGGGAUGAUCUUGACACACUUCGGGAGAAAUAUCGGAUACGUUCAGUGAUCGAUUUGCGUGGCAUGCAACAUUGGCCACUCAUCUCUACAUUGCGAUUGCCAGGCAAAUAUGAUUCGGACUACACACAACAGUACCCAGACCACGUAGCUUCCACGAGUAUACUAGGCCUUCGACUACAUUAUAUAGGUCUCGCCGGUCCGCAAUACGGCCACUUCGUGUUCAGUCAACUGGGCUACUGGGAGAGAACCAAGGCCAUCAUCCAUACCGCUGUAUCACCAGCCAGCGGUUUUCAACAAUGGCGAAAGACCGUGAGCUCGCAGAUGUUCCAGGAUCGUAUGACUAUACCAGAAGCCUUCAUCGACCAUUCGUUCCCACAGAUCAAAGCUAUCUUCAGCGUCCUAGCCAAACCAUCAUCGUAUCCUGUCUUGAUCAUGAACAGAUACGGGAGUGAUCUCGUAUCACUGAUAGUUGAUCUGGUCCUCUUACUCCUCCACGCAGAUACUCAGAGCAUCCAUCGGGAUUACAUGCAGACCUAUGAAGACUUGGCGAGCCUCAAAGAGGAGCGGAUUCGAGUCAAUAGAGAACAAGGCGCCCCCGAAGAUUUCGCGGAGCCCUUUCUGCCCUUUGUCAACUCCCUGGAGCAACAUAUACAAACUAAGCACGGUGGAAUAGAGCAAUACCUGCUCAGUGUUGGUCUUAGUAUGUCUGAACUCCAGGCCAUGAGAAAGAUCCUGGGAUCCGACUCAAGUGUAUCUGAGAAGCAAGCCUGGCUGGUCGAUAUUUGA